AUGUACUUCCAGCACCAGAACGGCUCCUUCACGGCCGUGGCAGCCCCCGGAGGGUUGACGGUAUAUUACAAGCUCGAGAAACGGGUGGGGGCACUGGACCAGUCCUAUGCCAUGUUCCCUCAGGGUUUGCGGAUGGUGGCCGGCCGCUCGGAGAAGCGCGCCUGGAACGGGCCUUUUCCUGUCCCCCCUCGAUCGCAAUGGAGUGAAGCUGACAUGACGCAGGAAUCUCUCGCCGAGAAGGCUAUCGGGUUCAACUGCCUACAUUACGACGCGGGGUGGAAUGAGGGCACGUUCAACGUCAGCUACCUCCGCGAGAAGGCCUUCGUCGACGCGUACUGUGUGGACGGGCUCCGCGCCGAGAUCCUCUUCCCUUCCUGCUGGGACGGCGUCCACCUGGAUGCUCCCGACCACCGAAGCCACGUCCUGUAUCCUGAUCAUCUGGAAAGUGGCUUGUGUCCGCCGUCCCACCCCAUCUACUUUCCCAUCAUCUCCUACGAGGUCGUGUGGGGAACCCCCGACUUUCGACACGCCGCCGGACAAUUUGUGAUGUCCAACGGGGACCCCACGGGCUUUGGGUACCACGGGGACUUCAUGGCCGCGUGGGAGGAGGGCCGGCUCGACCUGGCGGCGGCGGACUCGACGUGCACCGACCAGGACGUCGCGAACCCUGCCACUGACGGCGACGUCCACAAAUGUUCGAGCUUUGUGGUGCAGCGCGACGAAGACGCCAGGUCUUGUAAACUCCAUGUCUCCCAGCCGGUUCAAACGGAUCCAGUCGAGGGCCUUCUCCUUUCUCUUCCCGGUAAUGUCUCAGUCACCGGGGUUCGUCAUGAUCCCUGGCCGCGAUGA